ACAAAUAUAGUAUUGUAUCUAGCAUAAAUGACAGUGUGUAAAGUAUGUCGUGUUGGUUUGCUUUUAUAUUUGUCAGGUGAACCAGCAGGGGGUGUUACUCUGGAGAGCAAAGGGACAGAGUUUCCUUCACUGCCUCCCGGAAUUGGCAUCACGCUGCUCAUCGGCCAUUUUUACAAAUACAAGCUCCUCGAAAACACAAAACACAACAUAGGACCUGCAAACAUGUCAGACUUUAUUGAAAGUGAAGCUGAGGAGUCAGAAGAGGAGUUUGAGGAGAAAGACUUAAAGCCCAAGAAAACCCAGAGGUUUAUGGAGGAUGAUGAUGAAGAAGAGGAAGAAAAUACGGAGGAUCAGGAUGAGCAAGGCAAUUUACGUGGACUUAUUGAUGAUGGAGAGGAAGAGGCUGAUGAGGAUGAAGAGCCUCAAAGGAGUGGUAGUGGAGAGGGUAGUGAUUCGGAAGAGGAAGUUAAGCAUCGACGAAAAAAACGCAAUUAUGAUGAUUACCUGGACGAUGAUGAUCUUGACCUCAUUGAGGAAAACUUGGGUGUUAAAGUGAAGAGGAGGAAGAAGAAAUAUGAUCGCGUCAAAACAAUGGACGAUGAUGAAGAAGACGAUGAUGAGAAAGACUUGAUUGCGGAUGAAAUCUUUCAUGGGGAUGGAGAUGGAGAGGGUGAGCUGGAAGAAGGCGAGGCUGUUGAUGAACCUCUCCAACAAGCAGAUGAUGAUGAAGAGGGAGAAGAAGAGGAAUCAGAUAUUGAUGACUUUAUUGUGGAUGAUGAUGGCCAACCUAUCACCAAGAAGAAGAAGAAAUUUCCAGGAUACACAGAUGCAGCUCUCCAGGAAGCCCAGGAGAUUUUUGGUGGCGACUUUGACUUCGCUGACUUUGAUGCAGAUGCUUAUGACCAAGGUGAGGAGGAGGAAGAGGACCAGGAUGAGGAGGGUUGGGACCGACCCAAGAAACAGAUUAAGAGGAGGCAAGGGAGAAAGAGCAUCUUUGAGAUCUAUGAGCCCAGCGAGCUGGAAAGUAGUCACAUGACCGACCAGGACAAUGAGAUCCGCUCAACAGACAUGCCUGAGAGGUUCCAGUUAAGAGCCAUCCCUGUUAAACCUGCUGAGGAUGAUGAGCUGGAAGAGGAAGCAGAGUGGAUCUUUAGACAUGGGUUUUCAACCCUCACUAUUUCCAUGCAGGAGAGCACAGAUUAUCUAGACAGAGGAACAACCACAAAUUUCAGCAGGAAAGGUCCCAGCACAAUUGCUAAGAUCAAAGAGGCUCUCAACUUCAUGAGGAAUCAGCAGUUUGAGGUUCCAUUCAUAGCAUUUUACAGAAAGGAAUAUGUGGAGCCAGAGCUGAACAUUAAUGACCUGUGGAAGGUGUGGCAGUGGGAUGAAAAGUGGACACAGCUGAAGACCAGGAAGCAGAACCUUACCCGUCUGUUUCAGAAGAUGCAGUCUUUCCAAUUUGAGCAGAUCUCCGCUGAUCCUGACAAACCAUUGGCUGAUGGCAUCCGUCCCCUCGACACCGCCGACAUGGAGAGACUGAAAGAUGUGCAAACUCUUGAAGAGCUGGGUGAUGUGUACAACCACUUUCUGCUCUACUAUGGCCGAGACAUCCCUAAGAUGCAGAAUGCUGCCAAGGCCAACAAGAAGAGGCUCAAAAAGAUCAAAGAAGUGUCAGAAGAUGGUGAGGAGGAAGAAUUAGAGGUGGAGGAGGAAGAAGAAGAGCAGAAAGGACCUGAUCUCAAGCUGGCUUCUCGCAGGGAUAUGUACAGCAUCUGUCAGAGUGUAGGUCUCGAUGGCUUAGCUAAAAAGUUUGGAUUGACUCCAGAGCAGUUCGGAGAAAAUCUGAGAGACAGUUACCAGCGUCACGAGACAGAGCAGUUCCCAGCUGAGCCUGUGGAGCUGGCCAAAGACUACGUUUGCAGUCAGUUCACCACCCCAGAGGCUGUGCUGGAAGGGACCAGGUACAUGGUAGCUAUGCAAAUUGCUCGGGAACCUUUGGUGAGGCACGUCCUGCGACAGACCUUCCAAGAAAGAGCCAAGAUCAACAUUAAGCCUACCAAGAAAGGGAAAAAGGAAGUAGAUGAAGCUCAUUUUGCCUACUCCUUCAAGUAUCUUAAGAACAAACCUGUGAAAGAGCUAAAUGGUGAUCAGUUUUUGAAGAUGUGCUUGGCAGAGGAUGAAGGGCUGCUCACCAUUGACAUCUGUAUUGACCUUAUAGGGGUCAAAGGGUACGCCGGGGACCAGACUUACUUUGAUGAAAUCAAACAGUUCUACUACAGGGACGAGUUCAGUCACCAAGUGCAGGAGUGGAACAGGCAGCGAACCUUGGCCAUAGAGAGAGCUCUAAAUCAGUUCCUCUACCCACAGAUGGCCAAAGAGCUCAAGAGCAAGCUGACUGCUGAGGCCAAAGAGAGCAUUGUCAGGUCAUGUUGUCGCCGCUUAUAUAACUGGCUUAAGGUGGCACCGUACAGGCCAGAUCAGCAGGUUGAGGAAGAUGAUGACCUUAUGGAUGAGAGUCAGGGCAAAGGCAUCCGGGUGUUGGGAGUAGCCUAUGCACCCAGCAGAGAUACACCUGUGUUCUGUGCACUCAUCAACGGAGAGGGAGAGGUGGUGGACUUCUUGCGAUUGCCCUACUUCAUGAAGAGGAGGAAUGCCUUUAGGGAGGAUGAGAGAGAGAAGAAGGCAAAUGACAUUGAGAAUCUCAAAAGGUUUUUGUCCAGUAAGAAACCUCAUGUGGUUGCAGUUGCUGGGGAGAACAGAGAUGCCCAAAUGAUCAUGGAGGACAUCAAGAGGACUAUCAGUGAACUUGAGCAGGAGUCAUCUCUGCCCGCUGUUGGAGUGGAGCUUGUUGACAAUGAACUGGCCAAGCUGUACAUGAACAGCAAGAAGUCUGAGGUUGAUUUCAGGGAUUAUCCUCCUUUACUACGGCAAGCUGUGUCCAUUGCCAGGAAGAUCCAAGAUCCUCUGGUGGAAUAUGCUCAAGUCUGCAGCACCGAUGAAGAUAUUCUUUGCCUCAAACUGCAUCCACAUCAGGAACAUGUGGUGAAGGAGGAUCUGCUCAAUGCUCUUUACUGUGAAUUCAUCAACCGUGCCAAUGAGGUUGGCGUGGAUGUGAAUCGGGCCAUUGCCCAUCCUCACACUCAGAGCCUGGUUCAGUACGUCUGUGGUCUGGGACCCAGGAAGGGUUCCCACCUGCUGAAGAUUCUGAAGCAGAACAACACUCGUCUGGAAAACAGGACCCAACUUGUCACAAUGUGUCAUAUGGGACCCAAGGUUUUUAUCAACUGCGCUGGUUUUAUCAAGAUCGAUACUGCAUCUCUUGGAGACAGCACUGACUCCUACAUUGAGGUUCUGGAUGGCUCCCGGGUUCACCCUGAGACAUAUGAGUGGGCUCGCAAGAUGGCUGUCGACGCCCUUGAGUAUGAUGAGUCUGCAGAAGAUGCCAACCCAGCCGGAGCGCUGGAGGAGAUCUUGGAAAACCCAGAACGUCUCAAAGAUCUGGACCUGGAUGCUUUUGCAGAGGAGCUGGAGAGACAGGGCUAUGGCAACAAGGGAAUAACUCUGUAUGAUAUUCGUGCUGAGCUGAGCUGCAGGUACAAAGAUCUGAGAGUUCCUUACAGAGUCCCCAACACUGAGGAGGUCUUCAAUCUGCUCACCAAGGAGACUCCAGAGACCUUUUAUAUCGGUAAGCUGAUCACCAGUAUAGUAACAGGCAUCGCUCACCGGCGGCCUCAGGGCGAAAGCUAUGAUCAGGCAAUCCGUAACGAUGCCACAGGACUGUGGCAGUGUCCUUUCUGCCAGCAGGACAACUUCCCUGAACUCAGCGAGGUUUGGAAUCAUUUCGACAGCGGUUCAUGUCCAGGUCAGGCUAUUGGUGUGCGGUCCAGGUUGGACAAUGGCGUCCAGGGAUUUAUUCCCACCAAAUUUCUUAGUGACAAAGUGGUCAAACACCCUGAGGAGAGGGUUAAGGUUGGCAUGACAGUUCACUGUCGCAUUAUGAAAAUUGACAUUGAAAAAUUCAGCGUCGACCUCACAUGCCGCACUUCGGAUUUAAUGGAUAAGGCCAAUGAAUGGAAGCUUCCUAAAGACAGCUACUACGACUUCGACACAGAGUCAGAGGACCAAAAACAGGAGGAGGAGCUCAAGAAGAAACAGCAAAGGACACCGUAUAUAAAGCGUGUGAUUGCCCACCCCAACUUCCACAAUAUCAGCUUCAACCAGGCAGAGAGGAUGAUGGAGACUUUGGACCAGGGAGAUUUGAUCAUCAGACCGAGCAGUAAAGGAGAGAACCACCUCACCGUCACUUGGAAAGUGGCUGACGGCAUCUACCAGCAUGUGGAUGUGAGAGAAGAAGGAAAAGAGAACGCUUUUAGCUUAGGACACACACUGUGGAUUAAUAAUGAAGAGUUUGAAGAUCUGGAUGAAAUUACUGCUCGUUACAUUCAGCCCAUGGCAUCAUUCGCCCGGGAUCUCCUGGGACAUAAGUACUUCCAAGAGUGCAGUGGAGGAAACAAAGAGAAAAUGGAGGAGUUACUGAUCAGGGCGAAGAGAGAGAAGCCUACUUUUAUUCCUUAUUUUGUUUCGGCAUGUAAAGAGCUGCCUGGAAAGUUCAUCUUGGGCUACCAGCCACGAGGAAAACCAAGGGUUGAGUUUGUAACCAUCACCCCAGAUGGCUUCCGCUACCGUUCACAGAUCUUCCCUACAGUAAAUGGGCUUUUCCGUUGGUUUAAGGACCAUUAUCAAGAGCCUGUGCCAGGCAUCACACCCAGCAACAGCAGUCGAACAAGGACACCUGCUUCUCUGAACGCCACCCCAGCUAACAUCAACAUCGCAGAUUUAACACGAGCUGUCAACGCCCUCCCACGCAACAUGACCUCUCAGAUGUUCAGUGCCAUCGCCGCAGUCACAGGCCAGGGCCAGAACCCCAACACCACCCCCGCACAGUGGGGAUCCAGCCAGUACGGCUAUGGCGGCAGCACAGGAGGAGGAGGGGGGAGCUCCUCUGCUUAUCAUGUAUUUGCAACACCUCAGCAGCCCAUGGCGACCCCCAUGAUGACACCCAGUUACUCGUACACCACACCCAGCCAGCAGGCUCUGGGCACACCACAGUACCCUGGAUCCACGCCACAGUCCUCACAUUCUCACGCACACAGCCACCCGCACGGAGGCCACGUGUCACACCACAGUCAUCACGGCCAUCACAGUAGUCACCAUGGUCACUCCUCUGGUACACCGUCAUCUUCCACCUCUUCCAGAGGACGGACGCCACAGCAGCAGCCAAAGUCCAGCAGCAGCUCCUCUUCUGCAGUCGACUGGGGCAAGAUGGCGGAGCAGUGGCUGAAGGAGAAAGAAGCCGAGGGCCGGAAGAAGGCACAAAGGAUGACCCCACGACCAUCACCCAGCCCCAUGAUUGAGAGCACGCCCAUGUCUAUCGCCGGAGACGCCACACCCCUCUUGGACGAAAUGGACCGAUAGGACACAGAGGGGGGCGUCGCCUCACCCCCCACCCCACUCACCAUCCAGUCAUCAUCUUUUACUGCUUCUUCAUCUGGAUAACCCACUCAAACCCUCUCCCUGUGGUGGAUGAAAGAGCUGAUGGGUCCUGGUGUCUCUCCCACAUCCCAUCAGCCCUUUCAUGCAGUUGGAGCUCCUGCCAUCCAGCAGACUCCGUUCUUAAAGUAAAUUCCACCUUUCAUCAGUUUCCCAGUUUCAUCAGUAUCAUGACUCAUCUCCUCCUCCCUCUUGUUCUCCUGUCUCCCCUGUCAUCAGUUCUCACCUCCAGCCGAUUCCCCUGGCUGCAUAGUAUUUUGUAUAGUCAGAAUAACACUGUAUAUGUCACACAGUAAGUCAGUACAAUGACAAAAACACUUGAAAUUGCUGACAGCAGUUACAUAAAGGAUAUGGACCUAAACAGACUUUGCUGUCCUAUUAUCUUUUUAUUUUUACAAUUGGUUUUAGUUGGAUGCUUGAAUGGUUUUGGCAGAGGGGCACAGUUACAACCCACCUGUCGUCUUUUACCGUUUAGUGGAUUUUUUUGCAAGCCAUUGCCAACAUAGUGCUUUGCCAAUCGAAUCGGGAAGUUGAAUCCUUUUUUUUUGUAUGGAGUGAAGCGUCAAUGAAUAAAGACUGUUUUUUUUCUGUUUGAACUUUAAGCCUCCACUCGUCACAUCUGUUAAAGUAAACACACACACACACACACACACCUUUGAGUGGACACAGACACAUGUAGAGCGUGAGGGAGGACACUGAUUUAAAAAAAUAAUUCAAGGAGAAACUAUCAUGCCAGCUUGAGUUCCUCCAUCAUAUGUGAGCCACUGCUAGUUGUAUUUCCAACAUGCUGUAAUAUGAUCUGCUUUUUAUUUUGGCUCCUGUAGAUAGUCUCUGAUGUAACUUCAUUCUAUAUGAGAGUAUUGUGUUGACACCACUGAUGUGUCACACUAGAGGCAACCUUGUAUGCGUUUUUGCAAGGCUUUGCAUUAACAUGAAAUUUUAGGAACAAUAUCUAAAUGGCAGGUUUUCUAAGUGGAAAUAGUACAUAGACAUAAAUGAUGGUUUGCUGAAGUUUACUCAAAACUCUAGCGUCACUGAUGCCUGUAGUUUGAGUAUUUUACUUUCAACAUCGGGUUUUGUUGCCACCGUCACGUAAAGUGACGUAGCUGCUGCAUUUAAGCCCAAGUCAGUAUCACUUUCCCCAGUUUUAAAACAUGCGGGUUUGAG